GUUUUGCCAUGUUUUUCUUAUAUGUGUGUAGUAACUUCAGGUUUAUGCUCCUCUUGCGAAGCUUAACAUUGAAGAGAGGACACUGUAUGUGCUCGUUUGCCCGGCGCCAAAAUGCAGCCCUAACACCCAAAGUUGGAAGGUCCUAAGGGUUCAGAAGUGCCAUACUGGUAUGCAAUCAAAUGAUAAUGGGGACGGGUCAGUCCAAAGUAAAGAAAAGGUUUGCUCAAAUGAGCCAACUCCUUCCUGUUCUGUGGGGAAAAAUAAUGAAGAAGAAAACAAGAGUUCCAACACCAAUGAUGAUGAUUUUGAUUUAGAUGCCUUGGCUGCAGCACUCGAGCAGGCUGCAACGGUGGCAUCCAACACAAAGAAGAAAAGUAAAUCAAAGCGUGCUAAUAAUGUCCCUAGAAAAUGCGCUGUAGUGAAGGAGAAAGUAAAUGACCUGAGUAUACCAGUUCUUCCUUGUUUCUAUAUCUAUUACGACAAGGAACAGUCGAGGGGGAAAACCAGUGUAGGUUCUAGUAGCUAUGAAAAACUUUUGGCAGAAGAGGUAAUGGACAUGGGUAAUGAUGAAGAAGAAAAAUGGGAAGGAGAAAAGUAUGAAUAUGAUAGUGCUCCUGGGGCCGACAGAACUUUCUUAAAAUUUAAGAAACGGUUGGAUGCAUAUCCUCAACAAUGCUUUAGGUAUUCAUGUGGUGGUAGUCCACUGUUGCCUACAACUAACUCACAGGAUGUUGGCACAUGUAAGCUUUGUGGUUCACGACGUCAAUAUGAACUUCAACUGAUGUCCCCAUUAUCAUAUUUUCUCGACCAAGCUGGUGAUGGUUCCUCAAAUUGUGCACCUAAUGCCUGGACUUGGCUGACUCUUGUUAUCUACACUUGCUCCAAGAGUUGCUGUCCUUCGUCUUGUUGUGGGAAACAGGGCAAUUGCUGCUGGGGAGUAGUGGAGGAGGAGAUAAUGAUGCAGGAGGAUGAAGCAUGUAACGCGUGAUGUGUUAAGCUAUCUGUAAUCUUGUGUGUUUUCAUUGUUCUUGUACUCUGUCAAUUUGACAAGUCAGUUUUGUAGGACUCCACCGAAGUACCAAACUUGUUAAUAAUAAUUCGUCUUGAAUUUCUCGUGGUGUAACUAUCAGAAUGGAAUGAUUAUGUGAACAUUAUUGGAAGUUAAAUUCUAAAUGUUGAGUUUU